AUGAACAUCUUAACGAUACUCGCCACGACCCUCUUCCUGUGUGGCUUCGCAGCAGCACAAUCCUCCAGCUCGGCGAACGCGGCGGCUUCUGCUUCGGCAUCUUCCGAAAGUAGAUCAUCGAAACAAAGGAGUUCGACCAGAAGUUUAUUGGACCUAGUGAGCAGUGCCAGGAGCAAUGCCGCGUCAACCGCAUCAGUCGCAGCCGGUGCCAGAGCGGCCCAGCAAGCGAGUAGAUCUGCGAAUGCUGCCCAAGCGGAAGCGUUAGCGCAAGCGACAGCUUCCGCGAGUCAGAACGCCAGAGCACGCGCGGCCGCAGCAGCAGCAGCAUCGGCUACCAACGCGGCAGCUAGCGCACAAGGAAGGGCUUCCGUCCAGGCUACCGCAACGGCGGAGGCUGCUCAGGCCUUGGCUAAAUCCGCUCUCCAAGCCCAAUCUGCUGCAAGCAGUUCCAAAUCUGAGGCAGCCCAAGCUUCCAACUCGGCUGAUGCUGGAGCUGCUGCUCUAGCGACAGCCUCCGCUCAGGCUCGAUCGACGAAAAAGGCAGCCCUCGCGUUCGCCGCAGCUGCCGCCGAGGCAAGUGCCAAAGCUGCCGCAGCUCGUGCUGCCGCUGCCGCCGCGGAAGCUGCCGCUCGUAGGGCAGUUCAAGUUGAGAGAGAUUCCACGAACGCAGGAUCCCUUGCAGCUAAAGCGCAAGCCGAAGCCAGAGCUGCCGCAGCCGCAGCUUCCGCCGCGAGAAUCGCAGCAGCAGCCGCCGCCGAGGCCAGUGCUCAGGCCAACGCAAGAUUGAAAACUGCCACCUCCGUAGCAGCCUCCAGCUCUCGUGCCAAAGCAUCCGAUGCCCGAGCCAUGGCCGAAGCUGAGGCUUCAGCCAGGAGCAGCUCUAGGGGUGCACAACCUUCCUGGCUCGUAAGACAAGCUAGCUCUGCAUCAGCCGCUAGUUCUGCAUCGGCCAGUGCAUCGAGCAGCUCAUCUGCAGAAUCUGCCGCUGAAGUCGGUUCAGCAUCUAUCGCAUUAGCCGAUUCAGCAGCCAGUGCGUCAGCCGAUUCAGAAGCUCGUUCAUCCUCCGGCUCAGCUGCUGAUUCGUCCUCGCGCGCAGCCGCCAGUUCAUCCUCGCGCGCAGCCGUUGGUUCUUCUUCCCGUCCAUCGGCCGCCAAUGCAGGAGCCAACGCAGCUGCUAGUUCACAAGCAGGAUCCGCAGCCGGUGCAUCGGGUCGUUCAGGAGCCGAUGCAUCAGCUAUUUCAGUAGCCGAUGCCUCCGCCGAUGCCUCCGCCGAUGCCUCCGCCGAUGCCUCUGCCGAUGCCUCCGCCGAUGCAUCAGCUCUUUCAGUAGCCGAUGCCUCUGCCGAUGCCUCCGCUGAUGCCUCCGCUGAUGCCUCCGCUGAUGCCUCCUCCGGUGCCUACGUCGAUUCCUCCGCUGAUGCUUCCGCCGAAUCUUCGUCGUCCUCCUGGUCCUCUUCCAACCAGAAUGUCUGUGGCAAGUGCACGGUAUAUAAUCGCGUAUUCCUAUAUGAUUCGGCAUCAAUCUGCGAAGUACCGUACAAGAUGAACAUACAAGCGACACUCGUGCUUUGCCUGCUCGCAUGGGUCUAUGGGUCCACGGCCUAUGGUGAUCCGCAAAGGUCCUCCGGCGGCUCCAGCGAAUCGUCCGCAGUGUCUUCGAGUUCGGCCUCGAGUUCGUCCUCAGCCGAAGCAAGUUCGGCAAGUUCGGCAAGUUCGGAAAGUUCGGCGAGCGAUGUCAGCAGAGUACAAGCUUGGACCCGGGGUAGAGGAGGUAGCGACAGCAUAGUACUCUCGGUGGAUUCGUCGGCUGACUCGAGAGCCAGGGAGCUGAUAGAGACAGACGCUGGUUUGGGUGCAGCCGCUGCGUCGGCCCAAGCCAACGCCGAGGCCCAGGCUCAAGCAGCAGCCAGCGCCGAUGCUACAGCCAAUAGGGCAACCGCGAAGGCUCUCGCGUUGGCCGAGGCAGCCGUCAGGGCGGAAAAUGUAGCGGUAAUCAGGGUUCGGCAAGCUUUGUCGGCGUCGGAAGCUCUCGUCGCCGCUUCCAGACGCGCCAAAGCCGCGAGCAGAGCCGCCAGGGAAGCCGCCUGGGCCUCGGCAACGGCUGCCGCCAGGGCCUCGAACAACCAGGUCAGGGCCAACGCCGACUCGCUGAUCGCCAACAGAGCUGCAGCCUCCCUUCUCGCUGCCGCCGAGGAAGCCCUCCAGAGAGCCACCGCCUCGCAAAACGCAGCAGCCGAAGCUGCCGCUAAAGCUCGCGCCGCGGCCCGUGCCAACGCAGCUACCACCAGAGCUGCGGCCUCGGCUGUACUCGCUUCGGCACGUGCCAAAGCAGCUAUCACAAGAGCAGUUGCAGCCCAAGUAACGGCCUCCGCUCAGGCUUCUUCUGCCUCUCAAGUACAAGACCGUGCCAACGUUGCGCAAUCCGCAGCCGCUGCUUUAGCUGAAUCCAGGGCAGAAGCUGCAGCAUCCGCAGCCGCUGCACAAGCCGCUGCCGUUGCAGAGGCUAACGCUCAAGUUGCUAGUCUCAGCAAGUCAUCCGCAGAUGCUUCCAGCGAAGCUUCCUCUUCCGCUUCCGCUUCGGCCUCAGCCUCGGCAUCCGCUAGUAGCAGCAGCAGCACCAACAGCAACACUAGUGCAAGUGCUAGUGCAAGUGCUAGUGCAAGCUCGUCCUCGUCUAGCGAAUCGAGGAGGGGUAUUGCCAUUGAGGGAGCCCUCGUAGGUACCGGGGCGGCGAGUACGGCCGCGGCAUCCGCGGAAUUACUCGCGGACACCUUGGGAUUAGGUCAGGCGUCUGCCCAAGCACAAGCAGCGGCCGCGGAAGAAGCCAACGUUUCGAGCAAUGGCAAUAACAAAGCUAGUCAGCUGGCGGCCCAGGCAGCAGCAGCGGCGACAGCCGCGGCUGCAUCUCAAGAAAACGCAGCGGCUUUAGCGCGUGCUUCAGCCGACGCGUCCCAAAAUGCGGCUAGAGCCACGGCCAGGGCUGAGACCAGCGCCUCGGCGGCCAAAGCAUCAGCGGAGAAAGUCUUGUUGCUGGCCCAGAAUUCGGCACAAGCGCAAGCUCGCGCCACCGAGCGUUCGGAGUCCUCGAACAGAGACGCAGCCGCGAGCGCAGCAGCCGCGGUUGAAGCCGAAAGCAAGGCUUCCAAGGCCCUUAAUGCUAUAGCCGAUGCCAAGGCCAAGGCCGCCAGGGCUGUUGCCGCCCAGGCGGAGGCUGUUGCAGCAGCUGCGGCCGCGGCUAAGGCCCGCGCCGAAGCUGAAGCAGGUGCCGCCGUGGCUGCAGCAGCGCGCUCCGUUGCUCAAGCCGAAGCCGCCGCUUCCAGUCGAAACACCCGCCAAGCUGGCGUGGCUCAAGCCGGUGCAUCAGCCGCAGCCGAGACCAUGGCUCUCGCAUCUUCCGCAGCAGCCACCGCCAAAGCAGCCGCUUACGCCAACGCUGAUGUCCGAGCACUUAGAGCGUCGGAGUUGGAUUCCGCCUCAUCUUCCUCUUCCUCUUCCUCCAGCAGUAGUGCCUCCGUAUCCGCAUCUGCAGCUGCCAGCAGCAGCAGUAGUUCCAGCAGCAACUCCGGAAGCGACAGGAUUUCAUCCAACCGUGCCAGCAGCGCUGCCGAAGCCGCAGCCGAAGCCGAGAGCGAAGCUAGCUCGAGGGUUUAA